AACGAAACCCUGCAUGUCUAACCUGUCUAACGAACUAAAUCCCAUUCCCAACUCAACCAAACCGCCAAACCGCCAACCGAAAAUACUCAAAAGAAGGAGAAAAAAGCAACAUCGAUAUACAUUCAUCCCCCGAACCACCUUUUUAGCGAUUCAUGAUAUAAUUCGUAAUUCGACAUAAUUGAAACUUGGCCAAUUGAUUGACGCGUUGUAAUCUUCAUUUCCGCGCUUCAUCAUUUAAUUGCAAAGACGAGCGAGCUCAUUUCAACCCUUUCUCGUCUCGUCUCGUCUUGUCUGGUCUCUGUUUUCCUCACGUCUUCUCUCGCGCGACCGAUUUUUACUGGUCAAAAUCCGAAUCUCAUAAUAUCGAAUCGAUGCGCACAUACAUUAAGCGUCCAUGACUACUCUCGUGCAGACCCGUCAGCCAUUACAAGUCCUGAGCAUGAGCAAUCAGCCCAAGCGCCGCAGGAGCUCGCGCCUUGCUGCAUAUGAUGAGCAGGAUGGUGAUUUUCUCUUCUCCCGGGGUUCGAAGCGAGUAAAAACACAACCGGAUCCAAUACCAGAGGAUGAACUUGCGCCAGCACCCGCUCCAGCACCUGCGCCCGCACCAGUAGCAAGAAGAGGUAGACCGAGCAAAAAUAAGGAGAAAGAACGCCAAGCAGCAAAACCAGCAACAAAACCAGCACCACUACCAUCAUCACCACCAGCACCAGCACAAGCACCAGCACAACCGGCAACGAGAAGGAAUGCAAAGCGAAGGUCCAGUCAAAUAACAUCUGAUCAGGAUGGCGCGCCAUCACCGCCACCACCUCCGGCGCCACCGCAAAGGGGUACACGUCGAAGAGGCCGUCCAUCUGCAGAGAAACAAGUAAUUGAGCAGGAAAAUGAGCCGGUGAAAGUUGCGAAUGAGCCCACUAAGAAGAAGUCGAAGAAACGGAUAGAGGAAGUUCCCGAGGAGGAACCAGCUCAAUUGACCCCUGUGGAUGUGCUGAAAACGCGAGGCGGAGACAAUUCGUCGGAACCUAAGAAGAUUGCCCUCCCGUUCAGUGAUACACCAAUUAUGAACCGGAAUAAAGAGAUGCGGAGGAAGACUGGUGCUCGUAGGAGUAGUCUCGGUAUGCGUGGUCGGCGAGCAAGUUCCUUAAUCGACAACGGCCAUAAUGCGAUACCACACAAAGCCGUGGACUCAGCCGAAUUCUACAAGCAUAUCGAAGCCGACUUAAUAGAGCCGCGACGUAUGAAACAGCUCCUUACGUGGUGCGGUGAACGAUCGCUAUCGGAGAAGCCACCGCUGGGUUCUACGAAUUCUAACGAAAUUCUUGGAGCCCGAGCGAUUCAGGAUCAGCUCCUGAAGGACUUCUCUACGAAGUCAGAAUUCUCGGAUUGGUUUUCACGAGACGAGGUUCCACGACCGCCGGCCAUAGUGAAGCCAAAUCCACGGAAUAUCGAGCACGAGGAGAAGAUUGUAGCAUUAGAAGAGAGGAUAAAAAGGUUAAGAUUUGAAAAGAAGACAUGGCAAACCCUGAAGCAACCACCUCCAGAAUUACCGCCACUAUUCCCAUCAUCCGAGACAGAUCCGUUACCGUUACCAGACGCCUCCCUCCUGGAUUCCGAAGAAGCACAAAUAUUCGCUUCCCUCACUAAUACAUCGGCGUCGAUACGACCACAGAAGAUCAAAUCUCAGCUCCAAAACCUUCAGGCAUCGCUCGAAUUCAAGGUCGACCACCUCGCAGGAAACGUGCACAAGCUGGAACAACGGGUGACGACAGGAGGGCAGCAGGCAGACCGCGUGCUGGCCCUCAGCGCGGCGAGAUUAAAAGAACGCGAGGAGAAGGAGAGGGCGAGCGCGGGCACUAAGGAUAUGCCCGUCAUGGAGGUCUUGAGGAGUUUAGGCAGGUUGCUGCCGCCGGAAGGUGGAGGAUGAGUUGAGUGAGUGUGGAGAGACGAGAUGAGGAGAGGCGGGAGAAUAACCUAUCUACCUACCUACCUGACCUACCUGACCUAACCUAACCUAACCCUAUCCUACAUAUAGAGGAAGGGAAAAGGGAAAAACUUUGUAACGAACGUCUGAAUGGCUAUACAUACAAAUGUUUUGGUCCCGGACUACUUACUUAGUUUUACCUGUUGAUUAGGAAACGAGAUGAAGACAAGAGAGAAGCAAACAAAGAUACCUUUUUCUUGUUCAUUCAAUCGUUUUUUUUUAUUUGGGGAUUCUUUUUUUGCUUUUUUUGCUUUGGAGGUUUUGGAGGCCCUUGAGGUCGCUGAAGUCCUUGAGAUUUUGAGGCUCUUGAAAUUCUCAAGGUUCUUGUUCUUCUCGUAUUCGCCGUUCUCGGCAGAGACAAUGGCGGAGAGAGAACAAGAGUAGGGGGGGAACCUGUACAUAACCUACUCAAUGAGUAAGGAAAGCAGGACUGGAGUCGGGAGUUUAUAACAGCAGGAAGGGAAAUAAAUAUGGACGGGG